GGACAACAGUUGGUUGGAGCAAGAGCUGGAGGUCCAGGGAUAACUUUACAGGCACUUCAUAGCCUUCAAGCUGGUACUCAAGGUCAUCUGUUAUUAAAAACAGAAAAUGGACAGUAUCAGUUAUUGAGGGUGGGUCCAGCUCCAACUGCGGGUACUCCUACUGGUACUGCAGUUACACCGAAUAGUAUAACUGGCAAUGCGGUAGUCGCUGCACCAUCUCCAGGCACUACCUACCGCCUAACUUCAGUGCCGACUACUGUUGCUCCUACUAUUACUACAUCUACUACAACUCCAGGAACAGUGACUACUGCACCUACAACCACUUCUGCACCAACGGCUACCACUGUUCAGACAGCUCAAACAUCUACACCGCGUCAAACUACUGAUAAUACCAAAGAAAAGUGCCGUAAAUUCUUAGCGAACUUAUUAGAGUUAUCUAGUCGAGAGCCUAAAGCAGUGGAACGCAAUGUCCGAACUUUGAUACAAGAAUUAAUUGAUACUAAGGUCGAGCCAGAAGAAUUCUGUGACAGACUCGAAAAAUUGUUAAAUGCUUCACCACAACCAUGUCUUAUCGGAUUUUUGAAGAAAAGCUUGCCUCUUCUACGGCAAUCACUCGUCACGAAGGAAUUAGUUAUAGAGGGAAUAAAGCCUCCUCCAGCCAAUGUUGUUUUUUCCAUAGCCUCAGCUGUUCCAGCUAUCACGCAAACUCAAUACAGACCUGCAGUAGCAGUGGCAGCAACCGUUCCUGUGACGGCGACUGCGACAGCAACAACACAAGUGAGAGUAAUGACACCGCUUCCAACACCAGUGACGGCAGCAACAGUAGUUACAACGACUGUUCCACGGCCUGCUCAACCUAUUCCACAGAGGCUGGUUCGACCAGUAACGACAGUGGUUCGGAGCCCAACUGCAGCAUAUGCUGUGAAAACGACAGCAGCAACAACUGGAAUUCGCCCCACUGCCCCUGUUGUGCAAAAACCACCCACAGUCGCAACCACGGUUGUAAAACCAGUCACUACUACGCAAGGCAAAACACUCAAUACAACCACUACUGUUAAUAAAGCCGUAGUGCCUUCUCUUGUUCAGAAACCGGCUGCAAAGGAAAAAGAGAAAAAGUCGUUUUCGUCAGCAGGAUAUACGGCGGAUGAUGAUAUAAAUGAUGUAGCAGCUAUGGGCGGUGUUAAUCUUGCGGAGGAAUCUCAAAGAAUACUCGGUUCUACAGAAUUUGUUGGUACCCAAAUACGAUCCUGUAAAGAUGAAGUAUUUUUGCACAUGACACCAUUACAACAAAGAAUUAAACAAAUUGCAUCCAGUCACGGAUUGGAAGAACCUAACCAAGAAGUAGCAGCUUUAAUCUCGCAUGCUGUUCAAGAGAGGUUAAAGAAUUUAGUAGAAAAGUUAGCGGUCAUCACAGAACAUAGGAUAGAUCUUAUAAAAGUUGAUCCUAGAUAUGAAGUAACACAAGAUGUAAGAGCGCAAUUAAAAUUUUUGGAAGAUCUAGAUAGAGUUGAACGUAGGAAGCACGAAGAACAAGAACGAGAAAUGCUUUUACGUGCUGCAAAGAGUCGUUCAAAAACAGAAGAUCCUGAGCAAGUGAAAUUAAAAGCUAAGGCCAAAGAGAUGCAACGUGCAGAGAUGGAAGAAUUGAGACAAAGAGAGGCGAAUUUAACAGCUUUGCAAGCAAUUGGUCCUCGGAAGAAGCCUAAACUCGAUGUGGCAGGAUCGACCAACAGCACUCCCGGCGCAAAUGCAUCGGCGAGCGGAUUAAAUAGGCAAAUGCCAAUGAGACCACGUUUGAAAAGAGUGAAUUUCAAAGAUUUGGUAUUUCUUCUCGAACAAGAGAAAGAAACGUGUAGAAGCACAACACUGUAUAAAUCGUAUUUGAAGUGAUGCACUGUGAAGGGCAGGAACUUUAGUGACCCGCCCAAAAUCUGGCGCUCUAUCUGCAUGGUCUUGUAUGAGCUGGCCUCGAUGGAUCGUGCGACGUUAACUACGUUGCAAUGUAUAGUAAGUUAUUGCGAGUUGCAUAUUACUGCAAUGAAACUUAUUGGGAAUUGGCUUGGGAUUCUGCGUACAUUCAAGGUAAAAUUGUUUCUACCAUGUCGAUACUAAGCUUCCCUAUUGUAAAUGACUGAACAUUUUUUAACUGUAGUAUACGUUUUUUAAAUGUAACAUAAUAGAUCGUUCUUUAUUUUUCAACACAAAAUCGCAUUGAUGAAAGGAGUAAUGUGUAUGAGCACAUGUCUCGUGAUUAGUCUCUAUAUAGUCCCUUCGUGGCGAAAGAGAAGAUGAGAGAGAGAGAGAGAGAGAGAGAGAGAGGGAGAGAGAGAACGCCGUAUAUAAAUAUUGUUAUAUGGUGAAUGUAUGGCUGAAGACAUUUAAGUGAAUGAGUGUACAUUGUCAUUACGUAUAGGCUCGCUGCAUUGUAAUACUUGACCUAUACUUUUGGACACUGUAGCGCUAGUGUAAAAUAAACAGGUUUUGUUAUAAUAGUAAAUCGUAUUUUUGCAAACUGUAAUGUAAUAAUAAUAAUACCGCGAGCACACUGUCCAAAAAGUAUGGAAUAAUUUGUACAAUAUCUUACACAUAAUUACUAAAUAGUGAUAAUUUCAAUGUUGGUACAACAGAAUAUAGCUACUCUCCACCGAAAGUUGGAAUUGUUAUCAGUAUAUUAUGUUGUAUAUUGCAAUCAACAUUUUCAGUGUUUAUAAAAAAAUUAGCUGUUACGUUUUUUAUUAAAGAAAUAUUUACAAAACUAA